CUUUUGGAGUGAGUGUCCUGCUGCGAAUUGCUGCUUGCGGCGAACGUUGUCUGUCGGUUUGUAUUCGCUACCCUUCUCCAUCGUCUCGGUUGUCAGGGCGUAACUACCAGCUUAAAACGGAGUCAGACACGAAUUGCAAAUUCAACGACCUCGAGGGCACUCUUUCUUUAAAGUAUGGCGACACCGGUGCGGAGCCAUUCACCGACCAGAAACUUGGGCAGUGCGUUUGAGCUUUCAAAGGGGGGAGAUCGCGGUGGGGGUGCAAAGAGUUUGGGCGUGAGACCCGGUGCGGACGUUGAGCUGGAGAAGCAGCUCAAAACCGGUCUGGACUUGAUACAAGAUGCAUUUGAUCGUCGCACCAGCGGGUUGUCCAAUGAAGUGGCAAGAUGGAAAGAGCUUGCAUCAAAUCAACGACAACAGAUAAUGUCCCUUGAAGCCGAGAUCUCCCAGCUUAACCGUCGUGUAUCAGAUUUGGAGCGAACGGUGGCAGCUCAACAAACAGAGAAAAAGUCUUUGCUGGCUUCGAAAAAUGUGUUGCUGGAUCGGUACACGACGUUGAAGAAAAAUGCCGCACAACUAGAGUCAUUUAGAAAGUCCAUUGUGAGUAUGGUCGAAUAUGGACCUGCCACUAACGGAAUCAAUGAUUUGGACCGAUCAUUUGUGGAUAAUCCUUCUACUGAGGAUUCUCAUAUGGGCAACAAUGUUACCGCGGGUUCUAGUGGAAUGGGAGGUUUUUUGCCAAAUUUACCGGAGGAUGUGAUCAAGGAGGCGGCCCUUGAGUUGCAUGACUCUGAGACGGGUACCUCAUUCCUCGACGAUAAAACGAUGAGAUCCUUUGAUUUGCAGGGUAAUCAAUCGUUAGAUUUUUCAAUGUCCAGCAAUCCCAAUCAGUCUUUGCUAUCACGCCUGCACGCCCAACCCCAAACCGCAAGACGACCUGGAUCUGGCCAGUCGCAGCAAUCUUCUCGUGUCCAGCUGAAUGAUUGGCGAAAUGUGGAUACUCAGCGAAAAGCAUUUGAAGACAGAAAAUCCAUGGACAAACUGCGGCUGAGUUUGCGGGAUGAUGCCACACCGACGCCAACGUCCGCAAGGCUAAAAUUGCAAGGAUCCAAUGAACUCAAUUCCGAAAGCUCCCCAAAUCUGAGCACCAACACCCUAGACAGCAAUCGAGGAGGAUUUAACGCCCCUCAGGGAUCACAAACUCCAACUCCACAGCAAUCGUCAAAUCUCACCUCUGUCUUCCCAAAUGCUAAUACCGCUCCCGCGACAGCAUCCAUUGACGCGCCGAUUCUAUAUAAACAAAUUAGGGACAGCCUUACUCCAUCUGAAUUCGAAGACUUUGCAGCUAAUGUGGCUCUAUUUAAUGCUGCCCAACAAACAGCUGAUCAAACAGUGCGCAAUAUAGGCAAAAUUGUGAAAGAUCGUGGGCUAUUUGUGCAGAUGCGAUCCUUGAUUUAUACGGCGUUGGAAGAAAGUGGGAAAGGACAAACAGUUAGUGGUGAGGCGACCGGAAAGGACGGUGAAAUAAGUAGAAAGUAAAACGAUUGUGCGUAUUUUUCUGUGUAAUUUAAAAUUGAAUUAUAGCGUGGUAUCC